UGACUUGCCUUUGACUGCGCACGCCUGAGCUGAUCUUGUACGCCAACGACGGACAGAUCGAGCCGUCUUAGGAUGCGCACAGCAUGACGGAAAAAUCGCAAGAUGCAGACGUCGAGCGACACCAAGCAGUAUCGGCCUACCAUGUCUCCGCAAGAGCUACAGAGCUGUAUAGCCUGCUUCUCCAGACACUCGUCUGCGCUGCAUUGGUCUACUUCGCUUGUACUCAUCGAGCGCGGCCCGCUAGCGCCCUCUGUCUGCUCAUAGCCCUAGCAAUCCCUGUUCGACAAGCUCGCCUCGUCCGUAAAGAGUCACUGAUUGCGCUCAGGGGCAUAGGUGUGCAACUCUCGGCACAGACUUGGCUCGGCACGCGCGUCACAUUCGUCGAUGCCACAGAUCUGUCCGCCAUUGUCUUGCUCGAGUCGAUACGCGGCUGGACCAUCAUCUGGACUCUCGCGGUCAUCGAACAACGACCUGCUAGGGAGGCUCGAAUCCAUGUUGCUUUCAAGCAUUCGUUACCACUCCUUGCGACUCUGACGCCGAUCUGGCGCGGCUCUAGAAGUACGAUGGAGAUGUCGAGCAAGCGCCAUAAAGUCUAGAUACGCGACUGAAUGAUCAAAUGGUGUGCAUUAGGUUCAGCCUGCGGGCGCUGACGGCAGCUGCUCUAAAGCUGACCGGUCAGAGGGCGGUAUUGUCGCCAAGAG